UGAUGGACGACUUUAUCCUUCAAAAUUCGCCUAUUCUCCUGGAGGGGUUGGUAGAAAUAUGUGUGAAGCUAUGGUCAAACUAGGCAAUUCGCCCAAUUUUUUAACCAUGAUUGGAAACGACUUCCAGGGAGUUCAAAUAAAAGCAUCUAUUCCAAAUUCCAGUAAACACUGCAUUAAAAUAAAUCAAACGAAGAAUAGUGCUCAAUGUAUCAUAGUGUUUGACAAUAAAGGAAGCUGUAAAAUGUUAAUGGGGGAUAUGAGUAUACACAAAGAAAUUUCGCCACAAGUGAUCAUAGAAAAUGAAGUGUAUUUAAAAGAAGCUCCUCUAAUUAUAAUGGAUGGAAAUUUAACAUUAGAAACGAUGAACGAAAUAUUAAGAAUAGCUGAAGAAAGUAAAAUACCUGUAUUCUUCGAACCGACAGAUGCAGCUAUAGCAGAACGACCAUUUAAGUCAACACAUUCAAAGGCAAUAAAAUUCAUAACACCAAAUAUUCACGAACUUUAUGUAAUAGCAAAUUUGUUAAACAUUCCUUAUACUAAAUCUUCUGGAUUAGAAGAUAUAGCUAAAUUAACAGAAAGAGUUGUUAAUUAUGUAGACAAUGUCAUUGUUACAAUGGGCCAUCAAGGAAUUCUUAUUGGGAGAAAGGGUUUUGCAACUGAUUCAUUCCAACAAAAGGUAACAAAUGAAAAAUUCGGAGCUAGACAUUACCCUACAAAAGAGAUCACCCAUUUAGUAAACGUUAGUGGAGCGGGUGAUUGCUUUGCGAGUGGAUUUAUAUGUGCAUUGGUCUCUGGCAAAUCCGAAGAAAUAUGUAUAUCUGUAGGAUUUGCAGCUGCUGAAUUAGCACUUUUUAGCGAAUCUGCCGUUCCAAAAUCGAUGUUCGAUCCUUCCCAUGAGUCGUGGAAUGUUCCAGCUAAAUAUACUACUAUAAUAUAACUACUAAUUUUCAUUAUAUCGAUAACAUUUGAAUAAAGGAUGUACUAACACAAAA